AUGGGUGGUGUUGGUGAGUGGCUUCUCUUACCUUUUCUGCAAUAUCACUCGGACAACUCCGUCAUUUCUCUUUGUGGCCCACCGCAUUCUGACGCCUGCUUCCCCACCUCUUCUCGCAGUUCUUCCAUGCUCUCUCUCAUUGGUGGCAUACAUAACGAAGCUGAAAUACUGUUAAUAUGGCCGCAGCAUUGUAGUGUUGACCUUCAUCUUGGAACAUGGUUGGUGAUCUUCAGUCUAGAAAUGCAUUGCAUUGUAAAAAUUGCACCUAGUCCGGACGACCCACUGCAUCAGGAGCUUGAAAGAGUGGAGAGGAUGCCUCAGGCUCUCUACCGCCAUCCCGACGCAAAGGAGAAGGAGGGAGUCAUCGGUAAGGAGUUCGUGUGGAAGGUUGAGGUGACCGCGCAGAGGCCAUCUACAGAGGCACGAGGUUUGGAGAGCUUCACGCUGCCAGAUCAUAUCACCUCGAAGACCAGAGUGGCUGCACCGUCAUUGUGUACGGUGCCACGGAAAGUCGGGAAGAGAGACGGAGGCGUUGGUGAAGUCAGUGGCAGUGACAUCAACAACACCAGCACGACGUUGGGUACACCACAACUGGCUGACAAGCAGGCGAGGACAUGUCCUACUAUUAACUUUGCCAUAGCUUACCUGUGCUAA